GACCAGAAGGGGAACAUUGAAAACAGCCGGCCCUUCUUAGUUUAUCAACCACACUCAAAAUUUUUGUCUACCUACUGCUCUUCACUCAAACUCUCGUAAUUAAUGUCUCAUCUACAAAAACUGAACCUUUUUUAUUAGUAGCUCUGCUCUUUAAUUAGCGUGGAUAAUCUUCAUGUCCUUCAACAUCUUGCACCGUUGCAUCGGAGUGAUAUCGAUCAAUGGCUGCGAUUUGUUCGCCUCUCGCUUUUCGAUGUGGACCCCCCUCUGUGUAGAUUGCUUGCAGAACUAGGUGUUCGCUUGCUUUUCCUUUCCUUGUUCUUGCCUUGAAACCAAGAGUUCCGUAUCCAAGUCUACGAUCACUUCUCACACAAUGAGUUACAUACGCUGCAAUGACAAUCCUUUGUUUUCUUCAGAAAAAUUGAUCGAGUUGACCAUUAGUACUACUGCAGCUAUCUAGAGAUCAAGCCCGAGCCCAAUUUUGAUCAUCAAAGUUAGUGACUUCUCAUGUCACCCGCGCGCGUAGUAGUAUAAUAUACCAUGGGAGUUUGAUGCCGGCCAUCUUGAUCCCUAUCAAUGUAUAUCUAUAUAUAUUUUUUCUAUCUUUUUUGUCCUUUAACACAAAUAACAACAUUCCAAAUUAGCCCUCAUCACUUUUAUAAGCACCCUCUUAAUGAUCGCUCCCGUGAUCACCAAUGGAUCCUCACUCUCCAUUCCUCGUGCAAGUUGCACUACUGCUCAGCUUGUUGGCUCUAAGCGCCAGAACACAAGCCGUCAGCGCAGCUGCCAGCAAGAUCUCGCCGCGUGUCUCGCCCUCUCGGGCGUCUCCAAUUUCACCGUCCGCCCGCCGACGCGCCUCAGCAUACUCCAGCCUCCUCAGCUUCUCAUCCAGAACCUCAGGUUCUCCAGCGCUUCAGCGCCUAAACCCGUCGCGAUAAUCCUAGCGGGCACUAAGUUGCACCUGCGGAGCACGAUAGUAAUCUGCCGCCCGCGUGAACGCUAGGCCAUCAGGCUGAGGAGCGGAGGACACAGUAGCGAGGGCCUAUCCUACCUCGCGAGACAGCACACCCCCUUCGCGGUAGUUGCAUUGAUGAACAUGAACCGGGUAUCGUCCACCUGGCGUCCGAAGUCCGUCUGGGCCGAGUCGGGUGCGACGCUGGGCCAAAUUUACCAUGCGGGUCGCUCGCUCGAGCGAUUCUUGGCCCUCAUCGGCCGGUUCUUGCCCCACGUCGGCAGCGGCGGUCACGUAGCGGGCGGCGGGUUCGGGCUGUUGUCGAGGAAGUACGGGCUGGCAGCCGACACCGUCAUCGACGCGGUGAUGAUCGACCCGGCGGCGAAAUUCUGCACACGAAGAACGAUGGGCGAGGACGUCUUCUGGGCGAUCAGAGCGGGGGCGGCGGCGGCGCGCUGGGCGCCGUCUAACGCUUGGAAGCUCCGGCUCCGUCGUGUCCGAAAAACCGUCACGCAACGGCCGAGGGCGUGGGGGGAGAGGUACUCUGGGAAUUAUGAUAGGUUGGUUCCCAAGACUGUUAUUGAUCCGCUUAACGUGUUCAGCAAUGAGCAGAGUAUCCCACCCUUGAGCAUGGCCUCAGUCUCGGGUCCGGGUUCGGGUUCGGGUUCGGGUUCGGGUUAUAGUGUCUUGUGAGAAAUGUACAUGGAAUGUUUUGUAAAGCAAUAGAACCUUGUUAUGGU